AUCGAUCAGCGUUCUUUUCUAUUUCUGGGUUCUUCGACAGCUAACACGUGCCCUGUUAUUUCUGUAGGUCACCAAGGAUGACUGCCCCAUCGUCUUCCAUGACGAUUCAAUACUCACUCAAGAGAAUGGAAUGACCUCCGAGAAGCUCGUCACUGAUCUCAGCUUAGAAGAGUUCCUUUCUUACGGACUCCAAAAGGAUUCUUCAAAGAAAGGGAAGCUGUUGUACAGGAAGACCAACGACGGCAGAGUCCUUAACUGGAACGUGCAAGCCGAUGCUCCGCUCUGCACCUUGCCGGAGGUGUUUCAAGGCGUCGAUCCUCGGCUCGGCUUCAAUGUCGAAAUAAAGUUCAAGGAUCAUAUCGUUUACGACGACGAGGAGCUAACUCAUACCCUCCAGACGAUCUUGCAAGUUGUUUAUGCUCACGCAAAGGAGAGGCCGAUCAUCUUCUCUAGCUUUCAACCUGAUGCCGUGCGGCUUAUCCGCAAGCUCCAAAAUGACUAUCCUGUGUUCUUCCUCACCAAUGGAGGGCAGGAGAUCCACAAAGACCCGAGAAGAAACUCAUUGGACGAGGCGAUCAAGUUAAGCUUGACAAAUGGCUUGCAGGGAAUAGUUUCCGACGUCAAAGCCAUCUUUAAGAAUCCAGCAGCUAUUGCAAGAAUGAAGGAAGCCAAUCUCGUCAUCUUCACAUACGGAAAACUGAAUAAUGUUCCUGAGGUAGUUCACCUGCAGCAGCUGAUGGGAAUUAGCGGUGUCAUCGUCGACAUGGUGCAGGAGAUCACCGAGGCCGUUUCAGAGUUCAGCAGGCUGGAUGUUGACGGCGACGAAGGCGGCGCUGAGGAGGUUUCACGGCCAAAGUUUUCUCAGUGAGAACUUUGGGCACGUCGUGUACAGUGUGAUCAAUUGUAAUACGAUUGAAAAGUUUUUGUGUGAAAAAAAC